AUGACGAGAACCGGUCCUCCAAAUAAUCAUAUCUCAUGGGAAUCCAAGAGGAUUAUUCCCGAGGAUGGGAGCAGAAUCGACUCGGUCGCCUGCCAAGAUGUCAGACCUAAAGGGCGCAUCCGACGAUCAAUGACUGCUUGUAAUACUUGUCGCAAGCUGAAGACUCGCUGUGAUGUUGACCCACGUGGUCAUGCUUGUCGUCGUUGUUUAUCACUUAGGCUUGAAUGUGAACUCCCUGAGACAACAGAACGCUUUCAGGACAAUGCAUCCACAUGGUCCGACGCCACCGCUAUACCAUCGAUCGAGGAAAGGCUUGUCUCCCUCGAAAGGGGUAUGGGGGAGAUGAUACAUCUGAUGCGGCAGAUAGUGAACCACUCCCCCAGCAUGCCCUGCAGCCCAACCUUACAAACUAGAAACAACAGCCUAGAUGGAGCAUCUUCAAGUGAUAGCAUGCCCUCGCCUUUUUAUCCGCUCAAGCCAGCGCAAAUAAUUCGGGAUUUGCAAGCCGAAUGUUUCGGCGAGAGAGAUCAUUUCUCCGAUGCUGACAUCCUCGGCGACAUCGUCACCCAGGGCAUCGUAGAUUCCAAGCUCUCUGUGAAAUUGAUUGAACUUUUCGUCGAAUAUUUCGGCCAUUGGGUCUCAAUAAAUCAUCCAUCCUGCAUUCAACGGUCAAAUACACUUCUUUUCAACACUGCAUGUCUCUUGGCUUCGCGAUAUCUACCUGGCCUAUCCCAACACACCGUUCGCGAUAUAUCACUCUGUGUACAACAUGCAGUGGCAAAGGUGUUGUGGAAGCCCCCGCCCAUGACAAGCGAUAUGCUACAGGCCUUGACAUUGCUUUGCCUAUACUCUACUUCCGUUCACAAGGAAGGACUUAUGGAUGACUGGUUGCUGAGCGGGAUCUCAAUCAACCAUGCCCUCAUCUCAUUUAACUUCCUCAAUACAUUGCCAGGAGAUAAUUUAAACCCAGACGAGGUACUUGCUCAGUUGCGCCUGUGGAAUACGCUCUGCUCAACCCAGCUACACUCUGCUCUCGCAAAUGGCCGCACAGUCAAUAUCCAACAACAAUACAUCGACCAAUGCCCCCGCAUCUUAGAACACGCAGCCGCCACACCAGAAGACGGAAGAAUUGUCGCGGAAAUUCAACUAUAUCGCAUCGCUCUCCGACUCCAACACAGCCAGCCCCGUCUCCAAUUCGCAGAAACCGAAUACGAAGAACUGGAGCGCUGGAGAAUGGAAUGGGCACAUCUAUUAAGUACAUCAUCCCUCCACUCUACCCUCACCCACCCCCCAAAUCCUAAUCCCAAUCUAACAACCAUACCACCAACAGCCACCAGCGAAGACUCCACUCUCAACCUGAAUCUCUGGUUCUGUCAACUCCUCCUCCACCGAACAGCCGCCCGCCUCCAACCAGACAACGAGCGCCUAAUCCCAGAAAUAUGCGGCACGGCCCGCCUAAUAAUAACCCACUUCCUCCAAACGCGCUUCACCACCGCUCCCGCCCUAAUCGACCACGUCUAUUUCAUCGUCGGCUACGCCGCGCUCACACUAUGCGACUACACACUCUCCGACCCCCUAAUCAGCCAAGUGCGCGGCUUCCUACUGCAUCUCGCGCCGGGCGGCGACAACCUCUCCUAUCGGAUCGCGUGUAUUGUGGGCGAAGUGCAGCGACGGUAUUCGGAGACAACUACCGUUGUGGCUGCUGCGGGGUCGCAUUCGUCGUCGUCGCCGGUCGCCGACGUCAAGGGCGUGCAGAUGUUCAGCCCGUCGCACCAUCAUCGUUCUGGUAUGGAUAUCUCGCAGCUUAUGUCUAGCGCCGAGGGCUUGGAUUCCCUUGUUGAGGGGUAUAAUUGUCUCGAGCAGAUGAUGCCUGGGUAUGCGGCUUCGCAGCCUGCUUUUGAGGCGCCGGAUUUGUUCCAUUCUCCGGCCACUGGUACUACUGGUGGAGCUAUGCCUAUUGGUCUAGUACCGAGGGCUUUGCAUGAUUGGUGA